UAACAUUUCAUGGCCAUGAUAACCAAUCUUUUUGCAAUGGCCACUACAAGUUCUCUCUCUAUGUCUUUUCCCGGUUUCAAACUAAAACUUUGUCUGACUUUGAUUGCAUGUGUUGUUGGUUUUACUUCAGCUCAGUUAUCUACUAAAUUCUACGAAAAAAGUUGCCCUGGUGCUCUUGUCACCAUAAGGAAAGCAGUUAAACAAGCUGUGCAGAAUGAGUCUCGCAUGGGAGCAUCCCUGCUCCGACUGCAUUUCCAUGAUUGCUUCGUUCAAGGAUGUGAUGCAUCAGUGUUGUUAGACGACACGGAUACUUUCACUGGGGAGAAGAAUUCAUUUCCAAAUGCUAACUCUCUCAGGGGUUUUGAUGUGAUAGAUAGCAUAAAAUCAGAUUUGGAGAACAUGUGCAAAGGUGUUGUCUCUUGUGCCGACAUCUUAGCCGUUGCUGCCAGAGACGCUGUUUUUGAACUUGGUGGACCAAGAUGGGAAGUACCAUUAGGAAGAAGAGAUUCAACCACAGCAAGUUUAGCCGAAUCCAACUCAGACUUACCAGCUCCUUUUUUCGAUCUUGAUGGCCUCGCCAGUGCUUUCGCCAAGAAAAAUUUCACUGUGAAAGAACUAGUUGCUUUAUCAGGUGGUCACUCGGUAGGACUGGUGAGGUGCCGUUUCUUCAGAAAGAGGAUUUAUAACGAGAGCAACAUCGACACGACAUUUGCAGAGGAUAGGCGACAAGAUUGUCCCUUCGAAGGUGGUGACAACAACUUAACUGCUUUCGAUUCGACCACUCCUUUCAGAUUUGACAAUGCGUUUUACAAGAACUUGUUGGUGCAAAAGGGUCUUGUCCACUCCGAUCAACAACUCUUCAACGACGUCAAUGGAACUGAUAGCCCCACAAAGGAUCAAGUAAUUCGUUAUGCCAGAGACAUGGGUAAAUUCAAGAAGGAUUUUGCAGAUGCAAUGUUGAAGAUGAGCAUCAUGACCCCACUUACUGGUUCAGACGGUGAGAUCAGGCAAAACUGCAGGGUUGUUAAUCCUCCUUCAACCUGAUCAACUUCAUCUUCAACUUCAUAUUCAACUAUACUCUCUCUCAUGAUUAUUAUUAUAUGUAAUGUUAAUAUUCAAUGCAUGAUGUGUUCUUCAAAUAAAGCUUUCUUCUUUCGUGUGUUUCUCACCUUCAACUGUAAUCUAAUGAAAUUUCUUAACUAAAUACCAGUUGAUUCUCCCCUGA